AAUCCAAAGAUGUCUUCAAAAUACAACUCCUUGAAACUGGUAAAAGUGAAGAAUGUUGGAGAUUUUGUGUAUAAAGUAUCACUGAACCGCCCAUCUAAGUUUAAUGCUUUAAAUAUGGUGAUUUGGAAAGAAAUUGGAGACUGCUUCCAGUUGAUUGAUGAAGAUCCAGAAUGUCGAGUGGUAAUUUUGCAAGGAGAGGGAAAACAUUUUUGCUCGGGACUUGAUUUGAGUGAAGUCACAUUUCUCAAUGGAGAAGAAGCUGAUGAUUCUGCAAGAAGAGGAAGAUCAAUUUUAAGAACAAUCAAGUUCAUGCAAAAACAGUUUACAUAUAUUGAUGAAUGCUCAAAACCAGUUAUUCUCGCAAUGCAUGGUUAUUGUCUUGGUGCAGCAUUGGAUAUUGCAACUGCUUGUGAUGUUCGUGUUGCUACAAAAGACGCUGUGCUCUCUGUAAAGGAAGUAGAUAUUGGAAUGGCUGCAGAUGUCGGAACACUCAAUCGUUUGCCUAAAAUUGUUGGAAAUCACAGUUGGAUCAAGGAUAUUUCCCUUUCCGCUCGUCAUUUCUCAGCUGGAGAAGCACUUCAAUUCGGUCUUCUUAGUCGCGUCUACGAUACCCGUGAGGAAAUGAUAAAUGAGGUGUUAAAAAUGGCGAAACUGAUUGCUUUGAAAAGUCCGGUUGGAGUACAGGGAACUAAGAAUGCUUUGAAUUACGCAAGAGAUCAUACUGUGGAGAAUAGCUUGAAUUAUGUGGCCACUUGGAAUAUGUCCCAAUUAUUCACAGAUGACAUUAUGAAAGCAAGUAUGGCAUCUUUGAGCAAGCAACCAACUCCACCAUUUUCCAAAUUAUAAUUUGUAUUCGAUAUUAACUUGUAGAAAUUAGAUACAAACAUUUUUUAAAACACAAAAAAUAAUUUUAUCUG